AUGGGUCGCCUACACCGAAGUAAUACCACGGCCUCACAGAAAAUUGGAAUGUCUUCAAGAACCAUGGGUGAAACAGAACCAUUGGAUCCUGCCCGGGAGUUGGAGCUCCAAUUCUUGGCUCGACAGAAGCCAAUGCUUGAAGCCACCGCCCGUGGAAAUUCAACUGUACAGCAGUUUUACGAUGGCCAAAAAGUCUUCGUCACUGGAGGAACUGGUUUCCUGGGGAAGCAGCUCAUUGAAAAACUGUUCAGAGCAACUAAUGUGUCAAAGGUCUUCGUAUUAUUAAGACCAAAGAAGGGGAAAGCUGUAGAAUUGAGGACAAAUGAACUGCUUCAGGAUCCUGUUUUCGAGUGGGUCAAAGAGCACAGGCCUAAAGCCUUGAACAAGAUCGUGCCUAUAGCUGGCGAUGUUGCCGAAAUUAGGCUCGGCAUAAGUGACAAAGAUUGGAAGAUGCUUUCAGAAGAGGUAAAUAUUAUAUUCCACAUGGCUGCUACAACAAGAUUUGAUGAGACCCUUCGUGUAGCUACCAUGAUCAACGUCCGAGGAGCUAGGGAAGCGCUCAUCCUUGGCAAGGCUUGUAAACAGUUGAAAUCCUACGUCCACGUGUCAACAGCAUAUUCCUAUGCCUGCGACAAUCUAAUUGAUACAGAGGUUUUGGAAGACUUUUACAAAGCCCCCAUCGAUCCGGACACCCUGAUCAAAAUGGUUGAAAGUGUUGAUGAAGCUAGAUUGAACAGUAUUACACCUAGUUUGAUUAAGAACUGGCCAAAUACUUACUCGUUUGGGAAGGCGGUUGCCGAGGAGUCCGUGAAGAAUAUGUGCGAAGGUUUACCCCUAUGUGUGGUCAGACCAGCGAUAGUUAUAAGUUCUAUAAAGGAACCAAGUCCGGGAUGGUUGGACAUGUCCAAUGUUUACGGCGCUAGCGGCAUCAUCCUUGGUCCAGGUAUAGGUCUGAUGCACUCGUUCAUGGCUAGAGAUGAUAUCCACAUUGGUUUGGUGCCAGUAGACUAUGUGAACAAUGCCAUCCUUGCCGCUGCUUGGGAGACUGCCAAACGAGUAGCAGCUGGUCAUAAGACGCCCAAGAUAUACUCCGUUACUGCUUCCACAAGGAAUCCUACACGUUGGGACUAUAUAACGGACGUGAUUACUCAAGAAAUUAGGAGAGACUAUCCAACGCCCGCAGCGGUCGGCUGGGGGUUCAUAUGGCAAACGCAAUAUCAUUUUGUGUUCUUAAUCUACUCCUGGAUUUUGCACCUUAUUCCUGGACAUAUUAUUGAUGGAAUAUGCGCCAUUCUGGGCAAGGAGAGGAGACGGAUUACCUGA